GUUUACACGACGAAAGCGAAACAAACUGUAACUUCAACUGUCAGAUUCAUUCAUAUAUUAAAUUGUAGAACAUAUUAAUAAUGAAUUACACACUAACCAGUCGGUGGAAGGAUAUAUGCGUCAACAUGGUGACGUUUAUAUAAUCAGAUAUGAAUGUUUUACACCCAGGAAAUAUGUUUAUCGUCUCUCAGUCGAGAUUCAGCAAGAUGUUUUUAUUACUGUAAAGUGCAUAUUAACAUACAGUAUAUGACAAUUAUUUGAUUUGACCUGUAUUAAUCUAUAACCGAUCACAAUAGAAAAACAAAGUAUUUUCCAAGACAUCUGCAGUCAACAUGAAUCUUGUAGAUACAGAAUUUAGGUUGGAGAAGGGACAGAAAUAAGCAGAAGCCUCUUUACAGCUUCAAAUUACAUAUUAUUAAAAAAAAAGUCUCUCUCAAAACCUAAAUGUAUAAUCUUGCAAAGUAAACAGUAUUUUCUACUGUACUUUUCUAAGUACAGUCCUUCGACAUGAACACCAGCAUGCUAUAUGAAAUAUGGCUAAAUGACAUAUAAGAGAAAAGAUUAGAUCCUCAAUUGAAUAUUGUUGUUAUCACUCAGACAGACAGACAGACAGAGAGAAAGACAGGCAGACAGACAGAUAGAUGAACUUUGAGCCUCAUGUUGAUAAAAUCGACCUCAUCCAGAAAUAUUAAUUUCCACCUGAUGACUUCUGCAGAUCUUUAAUAUGACCUCUAUAAUAAAACGUGUCACGAUCUGUUUACACUGUGUGGUAUAACUUUAACAUCCCAGGUUUAUCAGCCCGAACCAAAAACCAAACCAGGGGGAGACGCAGGAUUGUACCAAGUCGAAAGACUCAUUUGGGACAGAACGUGUUCCAGAACAGCUCGAAGUCCCGGGAGGUCAGAGAUAUAAAUACACGCCAAAGAGCGAUGCGUAAAGUCAAGUCGACCCGCGGCUGCGCGCCACAGGCUCGUUCUCCCCGGGUCACAUCUCUGUCCCGCUGACUGGUGCGAGGCUGAGUGCGUAACGACUCUGGUCACUGUCACUGUGGUGGGUCGCGUUUUUAUGGAGACGCCAUAUGUCGAGUCUCCAUCGGCGCACAGCUUCUCCUCCGAGCGUUCACUUCUGCAGACAUGUCGUUUCUAUCCAUCCCGAGUCAGGAGGGGCUUUUCACCGCCAUCAAAACCGGCCGGUCCGCCGACAGGUUCCCCCUGUACGACGAGGACAACGACGAGGACGACGAGGAAGAAGACGAGGACGAUGACCCCGAGGGCGUCCGCUUCAUCCCCAGGUGCUCCCCGGUGCCCAGGAAGCGAGGCGCGUCCAUCCACGACGAGACCGCCGAGUACAUGCGCAUCCACCAGGCGCUGUCCGCCAUCAAGAAGGUGUCGUUCGCCGACACGACGGGCGGAGAGCUGGUGGACGUGAAGGAGUUCGUGGCCUUCGACUCGGACGACGACGAGACGAGCGCGCGCUGGGAGGAGGAGGAGGCCAAGUACCGGCACGCGGCGCGGGAGCCGACCCGCCGCGUGCAGCCGGAGUUCCUCGCGCCCGCCGGCGGCGCCCUGCUGCGCAGCGUGCGCGCCAACAAGGUGGAGGUGGAGCAGCUGUGUCCGGUGGAGGACGAGCCUCUCGCCUUCAGCGGGUUGAUACGAGUCCUGAACGUGUCGUUCCACAAGGCGGUUUACAUCAGGUCCACCAUGGACCGGUGGCUCACGUACUUCGACCACCCGGCGGAGUACGUGCAGGGGUCGCACGACGGGGCCACCGACCGGUUCUCCUUCAAGCUGUCCUUCGCGCCGCCGUACACCGCGCACGGCUCCCGCAUCGAGUUCGUCGUUCGCUACGAGACGUCUGAAGGCGACUUCUGGGCCAAUAACUGCUCCAUGAACUACGUGGUGACUCUGCUUCUGUCGUACGAAGAAGAUUCAGCUCGAACUGACGUCGACGAGCAACAGACACGAAGCAUCCUGAAGCCUUCGAAGGUCUACAGUAUGAACGAUGAAGAUUUCGAUUCAGAAGAUGAGCGGGAAAAGGAAGAAGCAGGAGGAGCAGGGACGUCCCACACUGGACUGGAGACGCCUGCAGCCGCCUGCCCGCUCAUCGUGCAGCCGGAGAUCGACAUCGAGCAGAUUGCAGUUCCCCCGUCCGGUCCCUCUGUCCCACCCGACCACGAGCUGUCCGCCGCCCUGACCGCGUCCCCGGGUGAACCACUCCGUCCUACGUCCUCCCAAACAACACUUCAAACUAAUUCACCUUUCGUACUUUGUGCCAGCGAAUCAGUCCGGACCAAUGAGUCCCGGCCUUUACCCAGACUCCACUGUGAGUCACACACCCAGACGUCAGACGCUUGUCCCUCUCCACCGCUGCCUCCUCCACAUCAGGAGUCAGGGCCGAGCUCAGACGACUCCCGGGCCGGCGGAGAGGAAGUCCCUCCCGAGGCCUCCAGCACGCCACUUCCUGCCACGGAGACGAGUCUGUGUCCGACAGGAGACGACAGACGGGCCGAGCGCCCGGCGAGUCCUCGUCGUCCUGAGCCGGCUGCUGCUGCGCGUGUCUCCGCGACCUCUGCCGAGCCAGAGGUCGCAGCGGGACGGAGGGAACUCGCCGCAGCAUCAUCAGACGGUUCCACCGGGUCUCCGGGGGCAGAGACUCAGACGUCUCAGCUGGGAGCGGGAGGCGAAGCUUCACCGUCACCUGCACUCACAGAGGCGAGACACAACUCUGACGACGAGGCUGCGCACUUUUCACCCGACACGUCAUUAGAGAAUCUAUCGACCGACUCGUCGGAAGCAAACAGGAACCUGAUGUCGUCCGUCGUCUUCCUGAGCGGAGUCGUCUCCCUCUCCGUCGUGAUGCAGGAGCCCAGCGCCCUCUUCCUCAUCGGACUUCUUCUGGUCCUGCACCGGUUGUGAUUAUGCCACAAAAAGUUCAUUCUGGUCUGUUUUGCGUGUUAAGUGCCUUUUUUCAUGAUUCCAAAAAGAAGAGAUCAAAAACAACAGCAACGUGUUGAAGCUGUGUAUCACUGUGUGGGUUUUAGAGUACAGUCCAGAUGACGUAGAAAGUGUUUCAUGUGUUCAGUUGUAGAAUAUUUGUCGGUUAUUACAACAUUAUCACUCCUAACACCAAAUUACAGUACGUCACAUGUUUGUGGUGUUGUGUUCUGAUUUAUUCAGUUCUAUAAUGCGCCUGUUCUUUUGUUGUUGUUGUCAGUGUGUAGUUACGGUUGUUGUCUAACAACUUGUGGAUUACAUUUAUUAUUAGGUCUCCAAAAAAAGGGACACUGAACGGACUUAUGAUAAAAAUUGAAUUUUAUUUACAAAUUGCAAAAGCAGAACUUGGGAUGGAAACAGAAUCUGCUCCAGGGACAAAACACGUGCAGGAGAAAAGUCCAGUGUGAACAUGAUAUUCAUCAUUUAUCACUGUUGGUUCUGUCAUUUGAUGAAACAAACACUUGCUGUAGCAUAAAGCAUCAGAUGUUGUAGCGCUGCUCCGACAAACCUCAGUCAGACUGAAGUGAUGAAUGACGUGUUUGAAGUGAUGAAGACUUUGCCGUGUGUUGCCAUUAAACAUGUCUGAUGUGG